AUGUGUGGAUACAGUAUACUGAAUGAAGUAAAUCUCGAAAUUACUCCAGAAAUGUUAAUCGGGAUUGACUAUUACAAUGAAAGACUAGAUACUUCACCACCACCCGCACGACUACCCUCAGGUUUAUAUGCAGUACCCACCAUAUUCGGAUAUGCAAUAACAGGGAUAGACAAUCCAGUACCAGCAGACGAAUUGAUGAGCUUUCACAGUUGUGUAACAUCUAUGAGUACGAUAGAUAACUGGCCUGACACCUCGUCAACGUGGACCUUGGAAAGCCUUGGUAAAACAGAUCCUAUAUCGGAAAACGACGAAAAUUUAGCAAUAUUGCAACAAUUUUGUGAAACUAUCGAAAUACGAAAUAAACAGAUUUUCGUAAGAACGCUACCAGAGCACGAAAUCGGAAGCGAUUCGGACUCGGACACCAAUUCGCAAAAGAACAUGGAUAUGGAAACGCAAAAUCAAGUAGAAGAGCAGCCGAAAGAAAAGAAAGAGCCCACGGGUGCUGCCGUGUGUUCAACGUCGGCUGCGGCCACCGUACGAAAUCUAGUAACGCAAAUGACCCAGGAGUUGGAAAAAAUUCGAAAAGAAGUCGAAAAUAAAGAGACAACUGUCAAUCGUUACGACUACAGCCCCGCGGAGAAGAGCUCGAUUAUAUGGGCCGUAGCAGUUGGCACAAUAUUAGGAACAUUCCCUAUAAACUACUAUUACAUCAAAUUUGGUGCAAGAUGGCCAUUCUUCAUAUCGGGAUUGCUAUCAGUAUGCUCAACAGCUGCUAUACCACUUGCUGCGCAUUUCGGACUACCUUACUUGCUAUUAUCAAGAUUUAUACAGGGACUAGCUUAUGCAGCUGACUUUGCUGCUAUCGGAAUUCUUUGCGUACGAUGGGCUCCUCUAUCGCAGACUUGUAUAUUUAUUAGCGUACUGACGACAUUCACACCAGUAUCAACCGUAGUCACGAAUCCACUUUCUGGCUGGCUCUGCGAUUCAAACCUCGGAUGGCGCUCGGCCUAUUACAUGCAUGCCGUAUUUGGAUUAUUCGUGUUUAUUUUAUGGAUAAUAUUCUAUCGUGAUGAUCCACAGUUGCAUCCGAGCGUUAGCGCAAAGGAGCUGUCCGAAAUCCAAAAGGAUAAAACACAGGCUCACAUAGAAAGAGAUAGUUUUGUGCCAUACAAAGAAAUCAUCAAAAACAGGGUGAUUUUAAUAGUCUGGUUUAAUGCUUUCACGGAAAUGACUACAGUCACGUUAUUGUUAGUCUAUGCUCCUAUUUAUUUCCAUAACGUUCUUGGAUAUGAUAUUCCUACAACAGGUGUGCUUGUCUCUUUUGCUGCCAGCAUUCACCUUCCGCUCAAAUUUGUCGGUGGGAUUAUCAGUGAUCGAAUCACAAGCGUCACCGAACGGCACAAAAUGUGGUUUUUCAACUCGAUCGCAGUCGGAUUAGCGGGAGUUUUUUGCGCAUUGAUCGGAGUGUUCCCAGCCAACUGGUCGAAAACGGGUGUUGCACUCUUUACGCUAGUGAUUACGUGUAUGGGAAUGAAUCCGGGUGGUUUUUACAAAUGUGGGACACUCUCAUCAAGGCAGUACGCCCAUUUUGUUCUGGCCACCAUUCAAUUCAUGAAGUGCAUAGCUUUGUUUGUUGGCCCAGCCAUGGUAGCCAUGAUCGUUCAUGACGAACGACGUCACGAUCAAUGGCGGCAUGUGUACUGGAUCAACGGCAUUUUACUGAUAUUGGCAAACUUCAUAUUCAUCCCGAUAGCAACCGACCAACCAGCUUCGUUCACAUUGAUAACGAGAGCAACUAGGGAUAAAAAUAGGCUGAAAUCUAAUACUGAGAUAAACGGUUUAGAGAUGUGUGGAAAAACUGCGAAAAAUGGUGAUUCUGCUUCACUGCGCCCUACAAUUAUUGUCACAGGUUCAGAUGACUAA